AUGGCACUUUUGCGCCUCGUCCUUCCCCUCGCCCCUCUCUCUCCUUCUCCGUCCUUUCUUUGCUUUCCCUCCUCUGCCACUACCCCGUUCCUGUCGUCCAUCCUCCUUGUCCUUCGCCUAUUUGUAUCUCCCUCCCUGUCUCCCCCUCCCUGCCUCCCCCUCCCUGUCUCCCUCUCCCUGUCUCCCUCUCCCUGCCUCCCUCUCCCUUUCUCCCCAUUCCUAUCUCCCCUUUUCCUGUCUAACCGUCAGCAUGGCAAGGGCGACACGGGGAUGGAAAGGGGACUGCCGGUAGGUGAUGGGUUGAAGGGGCGUCCCCAAAGGGAGCAGCAAGGAGGGGAAAUGGAUGGAGAGGGGUGCUUCUCAUAUGCGUUGCGACGGUUCGAAGAAACGGCUCUGUGCUUUUCUUCUUCCUCCCUCUCGCCCUCCAUCUCUCUCCACCCCUCCAAACCACAUCCCUGGUCCAUCUGCGAGACCAAGGAGGCUGAGCACGUUGCGUCCGCCUGUGCUUCUUUCUCCUGGACUUCGUGUGCCCAGCAGCUUGUCACUAGAAGUGCUGCCAGAUCUCGGGGCGGCAACCUCUGA